UUCUCCAUUUUCAAAACCUAUCCAACUCUCUAUCUAUAAAAACCCACCUUCUCUGUCUAAUCCCCUAUCCUCAUCUCUCUCUCUCUCUCUCUCUCUUUCUCUCUCUAUAUAAACACACCCAAUAUAUAUAUAUAUAUAGAGAACAAGAAAUCCGUCUGUGUGUCUAUAUAUACAAACACAGACAAACAGACCAUUCUCUCGUUUCAAUGUUCAAUCAGUCUUUUUCUCCAUUAGAGGGUGGCAUGGAGAUCGUGGAAGGAUUCUGUAACAGCAACAACAACAACAAGACAAUUACAGGCAUUAAUCAUGAUGAUCAGGAUGACGAUCAUCAAGAAGACAUGGAAGAAUUAAGGAGAGGUCCUUGGACUGUUGAAGAAGACUUUAAGCUCAUCAAUUACAUAGCUAGCCAUGGCGAAGGAAGAUGGAACUCCCUCGCUCGCUGUGCAGGUCUGAAACGAACCGGAAAAAGCUGCAGAUUACGGUGGCUCAAUUAUCUCCGCCCUGAUGUUCGACGUGGAAACAUCACUCUUGAAGAACAACUCUUGAUUCUCGAACUCCAUUCUCGUUGGGGAAACAGAUGGUCAAAAAUCGCUCAACACUUGCCGGGAAGAACAGACAACGAGAUAAAGAACUACUGGAGAACCCGUGUCCAGAAACACGCCAAGCAGCUCAAAUGCGACGUCAACAGCAAGCAGUUCAAGGACACUAUGCGCUACUUAUGGAUGCCUCGCCUCGUCGAACGCAUUCAAGCCGCCGCCGCAGCCACCGGAAACGAUCACCGCCGUUUGAUCUCCACGGCGGACAACAUCGACGGCGGUACGGUUCAACAAUUCGCCGGCGGUUCUGGGAUCCUCACGACGAACAACAAUGAUAAUAACCACUACGGGACACCCAGUUACACGCCGGAGAAUUCGAGCACGGCGGCGUCUUCGUCGGAGCAGUCGUUUGGGGCGCAGGUAUCGCCGGGAUCGGAGUUGACGGACUAUUAUACUAUCCCGGUUAACGAUAACCCUAACACGGAUAACUAUUUCCAGGCUAACAACGGCGGGGAAGUUGGAUACUCAGAGUCGUUGGUCAGUACUUGCGGGAAUUACUUCAACGGCGGAUUAGGGUUUGAAGGUUUCGAUCAGAUGGACUGCCAGCCGAAUCACAACAGUAAUAAUAAUGGUUCUUGGAGCUUCCUGGACAGCCUUUGGAAUGUUGAUGAUGCAUGGUUUUCACAACAACCAUUCAACAUGUGAAAACUCAAUUUAUUGAUGUUUUAGGAAAAUUCAAUUAGCUGAAAACCCAAAAAAUACAUAUAUAUAUAUAUAUAUAUAUACAUACAGGAUUUCAUGAUAGGACAGAGGAGUCUAGAUUAUAUCAUAAUUAAACCUAGGGAAAUUCAAUUGUGAAUUUGAUCAGGUUUGAUUAUUUAGAUUAUUGUGAAUUAUUUUC